AUGUCACGUACGGUUGUUUUUAUUGUUUGUCUCGCGACUGCACUCAUCUCAACGUAUUGCGCACCGACAGUAUGUUCUGAUGAUUUUGAAAUGAAACGAAUUGGCUUGGAUGUUUAUUGUUUUAAAGUGUUUUCAUUCAAUAGACAUGAUAAACAAUACAUUGAUGAAUUCUUUGGAAAACCAGAUGGUGAAGGUGACAAUCGUUUGUGUCGAGAUUAUACAAUGCAUGCUUCACCAAAUGGAACCAGUAUUAGCAUUCGUAAUAAAAAAGAAUAUGAAUAUGUUAAAGUAUUAUAUCGAACAGCCGAUUACUCAUUGACUUCAAUGCCAUUAUUGAUUGGUUUAAAAUAUUAUGAUGAACGUCUUGAAUGGUUCGAUAAAUCAGCAUUUAAUUAUAGUGAUUUCAUGGAAGCUGAUUUCAAAUCACGUUUUACAUACAUAAAAAAAGGCCAAUGUCGACGUUUUUUCAUGUACAGUCCACCAACACUUGGCCCCAGAAAAUAUCUCGUCUUCGAUAUCGAUUGUAAAUUACGAUUUUUCGAAUUUCGCGUUGUAUGUCGAUAUAAAGUACCACGUUCUGAGCUUGACGUCCAACCGGUCCCUCAACCUGAUGACUACUCUAAGUCGGAAAUGACUAAUCAAAAUUUGGACUACUACGAUUAUUGGCAUGAAAUUGUAAAGAAGAAAUGA